CUCGCCGUCUAAUUUGAAAAAAGUAUAUUGAGGAGUUAUAACUUUUAAAGUUCAUCCUUGGAGACAACCAUUAUGAGCAGUGUUAAAAUGGUGGAACAGCUUUCUGGAGAGAAAAUGGACAUGAAGGACAAAAAAAGGGAAUUCAAGGUCAAGCCCAGAUCAUGUCAGAUGAUGGAGGAGAUAGAGAGAGAGCAAUCCGAGCUCCAGCAAGGAGAGAUCAAAACUAGAAAGGCCCCGAAGAGAAAAGAAUUGGAGGAUCUGGUGAAGGAAAAGGAUGAAAUAGAGAGAAGGUACAAGGCUGAAAAAGAUUGCUUGAUGCUCCAACUUGAGGAAGAGAGAAGAAAUAUAGAGAAUGAGAGAGAGAGAUUUGAGCUCCAGUGCAGAGAGAGUAAGACCAGAGAAACUCAGAUAAGAGAAGAGAUGGAGGAUCUGUUAAAUGAAAAGAAUGAAAUUGAGAAAAUAUUACAGGCUGAUAUGCCCAGCUUGUUGCUCCUGCUUAAGGAAAAGAGAAUGAACAUUGAGAAGAAGAAAAUGAGAUAUGAGCUCCAGCUGAAGGAUAUUGAGGCCAGAGAACCUCAAAUGAGAAAAGAGAUGGAAGAUCUGGUAAAUGAAAAGAAUGAAAGGAAAAGAUUGUUACAGGCCAAUAAAGACAGCUUAGUGCUACAGCUUGAGAAAAUGACAAGAACCAUGCAGACAAAGAAACAGUGGUAUGAGCCCCAGCUGAGAAGGACUGAGACUAAAGAAGCUCUUAUGAGAAAAGAGAUGGGGGAUCUGGUAAUGGAAAUAGGUGAAAUCAAAAGCAAGUUCCAGGUUGAUAAAGACAGCUUGGUUCUCAAACUGGAGGGGGAGACAAGGAAUAUACAGAAGGCUAAAGAGACAUAUGAUCUCCAACAAAUAGAGUUUAAGACCAGAGAAGCUCAGAUGAGAGAAGAGAUAGAGACUUUGAUGAAGGAAAUGGAUAAAAUGUGUAACACAUUUCAGGCUGAAAAAGACAGCUUAGUAUUCCAGCUUGAAAAGGAGGGAAAGAGCAUGGAGAAAGAGGGAUCUGAGCUUCAAAGGCGGGAGAUUGAGGCCAGAAAAGCUCAGAUGAGAGAGGACAUGGAGAUUUUGUUGAAGGACAGGGAUGAAUUGUGGGAAACUUUUCAGGCUAGUACAGACAGAUUGGUGGUCCAGCUUGAGAAAAAGACAAGCAAAUUGAUGAAAGAGAAAGAACGAUCUGAGCUCCAGCACAAAGAAACUGAAGCCAGAGAAGCUCAGAUGAGAGAUGAGAUGAAGGCACUGCGGGAUGAAAUAAGACAAGUUCAGGCUUAUCGACAUAGUUCGGGGCUCCAGCUUGAGAAAGAGAAAGAUCAAUGCCAAGAAAUAGAGAGGAGUGAAGAGCUAAACAGAAGUGCCUGGAUAAAUCAUUGUAAAAGCAUUCUUGAAAAGGAAAAAAUGCUAGAUGAGCUAACAGUAGAGAUGGAGGUCCUAAAAGGAACCUUGGAAAACCUCAGGAAAAAAACAACGGAUAUGGACACUAAGAUGAUGGAGGUGUUUAAUGAAGUUGAUCAGAGGUUGAAGAACUUUAUUCCACAAUGGUUCCAAAAGCUCUGGGAAAAAAAGAAGAAAAAGAAAAUAAGGCAGGACUUAGAGAAAGAGAUAAUGAUCCUUGUGCUCCAGCUGAGAGUCAUCAAAGUCAAUAUUGCUUUGGUAAAUGAAAGACUUAAAAUAUAGAGAGACAGCUAGAGGUUGAUGAUUUUUUUCUAAUGGAGAACAUGAAAAAAAAAAAUCAAGAGACAUCAAAGUUUGAGGAGAGGGAGAAAAAAACAAUGCAAGAACUCAUCAUAAAAUAUGAUAAGCAUGAAGACAGCAUCAAGGGGAGACAACAGAAAAUGCAAGAGAUGCCUUGGAUUCCUAGUGAGCAGAUUGGCCAUGAUUUUGGCUGAAUCCUAAGGAUCAAAUUCACAGCCCUUUUGGCAAAAGCGUUAGGGAGCAGAUUGCCUGUGCUUUUGGGAAAAUAACUUAUUCUUAGGGGGAAAACUUUCCAUGUGCCUAGCACUGGGGUCCUAGGGAGAAAAUUGGCCAUGUACUUAGUAGGAAAACCAUAGGAAGCAAAUUACAUAUACAUGUGUUAUACAGUAUAUUUACAGUAA